GUCGCAUCAAAAUGGGGAAACCGAUUUUUGGUAGACAGGAGACAUGAAUGCUCUUGGAAUGGAGAGAAAGCGUGUGUCGUCGUCUUUGCUCAGUUUCACUCUGGUUCCAGCUUUGAACACACAUUAAUAGAAACACACAUCGCAAAACACAACAAUGGGUGCAGCAUACAACAUUCUCGGCAAGGCCGUUCCUCCACACCAACUUGCUCUCGGUACCAUCGGCGCUGUUGUCCUAUUGGUUCUCCCAAAGCCAUGGGCCACGACUCCAAAGAAGGAGGCCAAGAUUGACGCUGCUAACGCGGACGAAGAGAAGUUCAUCAAGGCUUACUUAGAAAAGCAUGCUUAGAGCCUGUCUAGACACUGUAUAUUAUACCAACGUAUCUAAACAUGCACUAUUUAUUUAUUUGAAUCUAUUCAUAC